GAGGCAAAAUCAAAAUAAACCCGGUGAAUUGUUUUCAUUCUCGCGAAAAGCAGUACAAGCAGUUAAGUUGAGGAAUUACUGCACGAAACGCGCUUCAAAAUGCCGUACGCAAGAAAAAAAAUGCACAGUGGAGACACACAUCUACGGCGGCGGUGGCGGCUAAGAAACCGAAAAAAGGAUUUGGAUGAAAUAGACGCAGAUUUGAAGACUGAGCCGGAGAAGCUGUUGCAACAGGAGAUCGACCUGGACAAGCCGGGAUUCGGACAGUUUUACUGCAUACACUGUGCUACGUACUACAUCAACGAUCAGGCCCUCCAAGCACACUUUCGUACGAAGGUGCACAAACGGCGGCUGAAGGCGCUGGAAAUUGAACCAUACACCAUAGAGGAUUCGCUACGAGCAGCGGGUCAAGGCAGCUUCGUACAACCCCAGAAGCGCAAGAUGGAAACUCAGCCCUGUCUGGCGGAUGUGGAAGCGGGAAAACGAAUCAAGGUGGACACGGUGAUGGAAGACGAGAAACCGGCAAAGCAAGAGUUAUCGAAGGCCAGAAAGAUAACCGACUACAAGAAGGUGCUGGAACAAUUUUGAAUAAACAGGCCUAGUAAAUGGAGAAACGUUGAAAUUUAUU